CGCUGGACGGACACUCGGUCGGGCCCAAAUCUCUGGGGCGUGGAAAGUUCGGAUGCACCUGCAAUUUGAGGCGGAGGCGGGGCUGUGGAGGCGGAAGGAUAUGGCGCGCGGGGCACUAUGGGCCGCAAUAUCGGCAACGUAGGGCGGGACGGAAGCCUAGGAGGGUCAGACUGCAGCGACGCGGGAAGUCUGGACGCGGUAGCUGCCCAAAGAGGAGGCCUGAGGCAGAGGCUCGGCCCCGGCGGCGGCAAUGGCGGAAAGACCGGAGGAUCUAAACUUGCCCAACGCCGUCAUCACCAGGAUCAUCAAGGAGGCGCUCCCGGACGGCGUCAACAUCUCCAAGGAGGCUCGGAGCGCCAUCUCCCGCGCCGCCAGCGUCUUCGUGCUGUACGCCACGUCCUGUGCCAACAACUUUGCAAUGAAAGGGAAGCGCAAGACACUGAAUGCCAGUGAUGUGCUCUCAGCCAUGGAGGAGAUGGAGUUCCAGCGGUUUGUUACCCCGUUGAAAGAAGCUCUGGAAGCAUAUAGGCGGGAGCAGAAGGGCAAGAAGGAAGCUUCAGAGCAAAAGAAGAAGGACAGAGACAAAAAAACGGAUUCGGAAGAGCCAGACAAGAGCAGGGAUGAGGACAAUGAUGAAGAUGAGGAAAGGCUGGAAGAAGAAGAACAGAAUGAGGAAGAGGAAGUGGACAACUGAAUAGGGUGGGAGACUGGCACCUUGGAAGGUACCACUCUGAGACUUGCUACACGUUUCUGUGAUGCUUUUCCCUGCCGGGCAGAGUAGUCUUAGGCAGAAGUGCCUGAGAAGAUCAAAAUAAAAACUGACUAGAAUUAUCGCCAAAAACAGCACUUCCCAAACUCAAAGCAUCUGAGUAGCAGAAUCCUGUUUUGUUCAAUCAGUCUGAAGGUUAUGACUUUUUGGCAAGAGGGAUUCUGAAUGGCUAAUUAGUCAGUUGGAUCACUCUUGUUUACUUAUACGUAUGGUUAGGUUGGUUUUGAUCCCAGUCCCCCUGCUCCCCUCAAAAAGUAAUAAUAACUUCCAUGCUGCCUGCUGUGUUCCAGAUCACAGAGGCAGUCAAGGCUCAGGAAAAUUGGGGCUUUGAUCAUGGUCAGCCUAUAUUUGAUUGUACAGUGUUUGGCAAUAGUAGCUUAUUAAGAGUGUUCAGAACAAUAAAAUUUUAGGAAACUACUAAAAAGCUGUGGGAAAAUAAUGAACUCUGUUGUCUCUCCACUAGACAGUAGCAUUAAUUGAAUUUUGUUUUCUAUAGACCCACUUGGCUGGGAGCCCUUUUGUGUUGCAUAUAGACAUCUGACCUGCUAGAGUGGCUGCACUCUGGGUACACAGGCUCUUAAAUCAGCAGUGUAGAUUGGAAUUAGUCAAGCAAAGGUGCUAAUGUCUUACUUUUAUAAAACAGAUGGUUUAAUCUUAGGUAUACCUCACUGCCUGCCUAACAUGAAGUUUUAGGAUUUAUUGACACCUCCUGGAAGGUGUAAAAUCCAGGCUUUCUCUUCUUACAGUCCGUCUCCCAGACUUGUGACUAUGGCUUUUCAUUCUUCAAUUCAUGAUGAGUUCCAAACUUUAUUUCCUCGAGGCACAACUUUCUCUCUCUGUGCUUGUUGCUUCCUGUCUCUCUUCUGCCUCUCCCCUGUUCCCCAUCCUCACUUUUCUUCUCUCUUUCCUUUUAUCUACUGUCAGUCUAGGAACUUUGUUUACCUGCUUGAUAUUUCAGAGUGCAAGUUCCUCUGAUUCCUUAGUUCUAAUCUCAUGUCUUUUAAAAAUGAUUUUAUGAAACUCCUCUAAACCUUAAGGGAAAUCUGAUGGUGCUCAGGAAUCUAAUUCCCCACUCCCAAACAUCCCCUUUAACUGCUUCUAAAGUAUCUCUGUUGGCCUUCCUUAGCCUUUUUCUUUACAUUCAGUACUCCAAGCACUUUUUUGUUUGUCUCUAAGUUGAGCGCUUGGAGUUUGACAGGUAGUGAAGUGUAGUUUGACACUGUUAAUUUGUUAAAUGAAU